CUCGGCGCAGUGCGCUCUCGGGCCGCGCGAGUCACGCUCGUUUUCAUACUCGUCCCGGUGCGAGCGGAGCACCAUCGCGCGCGUUCGGGCGGCGGCGGCGGUUUCGCGCCUUUAACUCGCACGCGGCGGCCUGUACGCGGUCGCGGGGUCUCACGGACUGGUCUCGCGCGAGUCAUGACGCGCGCCGGCGGCGGUGGUUCGGUGUCCACGGCCGAGUAGUAGUCAUAGCUCGCCAACGACAGAGUUUUUACUUCGGUGUCCACUCGUGUGUGUGUGUGUGUGUGUGUGUGUGUGUGCGUGUACAAUCGAGUGCGACGAUUUCGUUUACGCGCGGCGGUGGUGACUCUGCUGCAGCUGCGGCGGUGACGGAAGCGUAGGCGGCGGCGACGGAAACGACCAAAAAUAUCGUAUAACAUAUAAGCACGUGUGUAUAUAUAUAUAUACGUAUGUGUGUGUGCGCGCGCGUUGACGAUUUCCCGCUGCUGGAAUAGCGAAUAUCUGUAAAUCGAAGAGCAGCUAACGAUUUCUAACGCGACGCCGAGAGACGACGAAUAGAGACAACUAUGAACUGGACGACAAUGGUCGCGUUGGUAAACGGCACGGCCGACGACUACGAGGACCCGACGGGCACGGAGAAGACGGUCGCUUGCCGAUCGACUUUCGGCGACCGGUUCCCGCUGUCGGCGGUGUUGAUGGUGUUCUGCAUGGUGACCGUGUUCGGUAACUGUCUGGUCAUCAUCGCCGUGGUCCGGGAGCGGUACCUGCACACGGCUACCAACUACUUCAUCACGUCGCUGGCGUUCGCCGACUUCCUGGUCGGGCUGGUGGUGAUGCCGGUGAGCGCCGUGCAGGAGGUGCUCGACCACUACUGGACGUUCGGCAUAAACGCGUGCGACGUCUGGCGGUCGCUGGACGUGCUGUUCAGCACGGCGUCCAUACUGAACCUUUGCGUGAUAUCGCUGGACCGGUACUGGGCCAUCACCGACCCGUUCACGUACCCGACGAAAAUGAGCCGGAAACGGGCGUACCGGCUGAUCGCCGCCGUGUGGGUGUGCAGCGGCGUCAUCAGCUUCCCGGCCAUCAUAUGGUGGCGGCUGGUCCGCACCGAGCCCGUUCCCAGCAACACGUGCCCGUUCACCAACAGCACCGGUUACCUGAUAUUCUCGUCCACCAUAUCGUUUUACGUGCCGCUGCUCGUCAUGGUGUUCACGUACUACAAGAUUUACACGGCGGCCGUCACGCAGACCCGGUGCCAGCGGCUGGGCACCAAAGUGCUGUCGUCCACCCCGUCGUCGGGCGGCGGUUCCGGUGGCGGAAGCGGCGGCGGCGGCGGUGGCGGUUCCGGUGGCGGAGGCGGAGGAGCCGGCGGCGGUCGGAUGGAGCUCACGCUGCGAAUACACCGGGGCGGCGGCACGACCACGUCGGCGUCGGCCGCGCACGGCGGCGGUAGCGGAGGCUACACGCGAGCCCACCAGCUGCAGAAAAACUUCUCGCUGAGCCGGAAGCUGAGCAAGCUGUCCCGCGAGAAGAAGGCGGCCAAGACGCUGGGCAUCGUCAUGGGCGUGUUCAUCGUCUGCUGGCUGCCGUUCUUCGUCGUCAACCUGCUGUCCGGGUUCUGCGACGAGAGCUGCGUGUUCAAGGACCAACUGCUAUCGUCCGUGGUCGCCUGGCUCGGGUGGAUCAACAGCGGCAUGAACCCCGUGAUCUAUGCCUGUUGGAGCAGAGACUUUCGCAGGGCAUAUGGUCGAAUAUUGUGUGUAUGCUGUCCUAGAAAGGUACGAAGAAAAUAUAGAAGACCGCUACGCUACAGGUCCAGUCAAGAGAUGUCAACGCGGAACAAAAUAAACACACAGUACAUGGGAGCAUCCAUGGUAUUAGCUCCGGCCACGGUCACAUACGCUACUGUCAAUCAACAAGACAUGUUCAACAUCUGAAACGAUCUUAAAAACUUAAAAUAGUUGAGUGGGCGGGCGUGAAAACGCCAAAAUGGAAGAUUCGCAUCGAGAUAUCAAUCAUAUAAGUAUAAUGUUGUGUUGUUGUUAUUUUUUUCAUUUUUUUUUUUUUGUAUCUUCUAUAAGACCUGAGUCGUAUGAUUGGCUACACGAUAAAUAUAUACUAUUGUUCCAAUGAUAUUUUUUAAUCAGGUCUUUUACAAAGACUUUUCGAUGGACAACGAUCUAUCCCGUGAAAAGAUCGAGACAGCACCGUUGACGGUAUGAAAUAUAAUAAUAAGUUUUCAUUGGUCUUCAAUCACCUCUUUACCUCAUCCUCCUAUUUUUUUUUUAAUUUGACAUUAUUAUACACUAGUUGAAUAAAAUAAUAAAUGCUCACUUUGAUGUCCUCCAUUAUGUUAUUCAUUAUUAUUAUUGAAAUAUUGUUACUAUUUUUUAAGUUACGAAUAUUAGAAUAGAUUACUAUUAUACAAUAUAGACUAACUAAAUAUAUAUGUUUACCUUUUCAAUCAUAUCACGCGCGUGUAAGGAUAAACAUUGUAUAAAUGGUAUUUUACCUAUGACCAUAACAUUAAAUUUCCCCCUUGUUUUAUUUUUUUUCUCAAAAAUGUAUUCCAAAAUAUAUUUUAAUAAUAUAUUGUAUUUAUAAUGUAAAAAGUUUUUAAAAAUAUGUUGUAAGUACUAAUUUAAAAUUCAUUGUUACAGGGAUUUAUCCAAGUUUUUCAAUACUGUUCAAUUUUUUAAUAUCUGUAAAAAAAAAAAACAAAAUAAUUUACAGUUCAAUUUUAAUGCCAUACAGUUAUAAAAACUAACUUUAUAAGAUUUCAUCCGUCUCCAAUAAAAAUUUAGUAAAUUAUAAUAUAAAAAUAUAACUGAGUGAAAAUAUUUUAAUAACUGUGAUAGAAAAAUCUUCUUAUACUUUAAAAACUUGCCAUUUACCACAUUUAUUACAAUUUAUUGUUAUUUACUAUUAAGGUAAUACGAUAUGUUAUUAUUGUUAUUAAAUUACUAUCAAUAAACUAAUUACUAACUCUAUUUUUCUGAUACCUAUUUAAAAUUUAAUAAUUUAAUUUUUAAUAAUUUUUCUCAUAAACAAAAUAAUAUAUUUUUAUGAUUUAAAACACUGAGUUAUUUAAAUUUAAAUUAAAUACAUGUAAUUAAUAAAUAAAACGUGGAAGUAUACCUAUAAUAGAAGUAUUUCAAGUAAUUACUUACAAAUCAUAUAUACCAGCAAGCUUUGGAGACGGAUUCCGAUUUAAAAUUAAGAUCAAAAAGUAAGUUACAGUCAUAACUAUGAUGCUUUAGACUUAAAUUCCAAUCUCGUAAAAUACAACUAAAAAGUACAAAUAUUGAUAAAAUUUUAAUUUUGGUGUUUAAAAAUACAGAAGUACUGGAUAAAUCUCUGGUAUUGAUUAUAAGCUUUUGUAUUAAAAACGAAAGCAUUAUACUACUCUAUACCUAUACAUAUAACUGUAUAAGAUUUAUGAAACAAAACAUUGCUUUUUCAAUAUAUUUUUUUAUGAUUUACAGAUACGUACAUUAAUAAUUUUAACCCGAUAAUAUCUGUGUUUUAUUUUUUUUUAAUCAAAUCAUUCAGGCGAUCGUUCUAUUCCCACAGAAAAAUGUUUAAUGGAUUAGCAAUAAUUGUGUAAAAAUUAAUUAUCUACGUAGCAAAAAUCUUAUAAUCCGUUGUAUUAUUUUAACUACUUACUUAUAUAAUAUUAUGCAACAAUAUCAAAGAAUAACAUACUAUUGAAAUCAUUGAAACAUUUAAAUCCAUACUCAGUAUUAUUUUAUUUUUAAAUAGUUAAUUUGAAAUUAUAUCGUAUAAUCAAUAAUCAUACAGUUAUUAUUUGUUAUUUUUUACUUUACCCAAAACAGACUUUAAUCAAUAACUCAUAACUCAUAACUUAACUUAGUGUAUUUAAUUAUAUUAUAAUAUAACUAGAUUUUUGAGUUUUUAACGAUAGAGACAUUUUUAAAUUUAUAGAUAAUUAUUAUACUAGUUAAUAAUGAAUAUGAUUUAUUUAAAACAAAUUGAUUUAAUAAUAAAAAAAAACAAUUUUUAUGGUUGUAUUAUCUAUGUAAUAUUUUUUUCAUGGUGUAUUUCAACAAUAUGUGUAGAGAAACAUUCAUUACUUCUCUUGAAAUCUAGUCAUAUUUUUACCAAUAAAUUACCAAAUUUAUAUUGUUACUCUGUUUUUAUCAAUAUAAAGUAAUUGCAUGCAUGUGU